CGACACUGGAACUUAGGGAGCUCAUAUUGUGGACUUUUUUCCGCUGGCGUUAUCACAGUGGCCCUGGACUGUACGACGAAAUGGCUGAUGCGGUGACCACAUAGAGAUAUUUACCGUUGCGUGUUUGUGUUUUUUUUUUUGUAUUUUCCUUUCCGUUAUAAACAGGAAACACUCUGUGCUGUCGUUAGCCUGUGCUAGCUCGCGUUCAGUGUCGUUCUCCUGCGCUUUUCCUGCUUUCAUUUCUGAUCAGGAAUUUACGUAGAGCCCGACGAGAUAAACUAUUAUAUGUUAAGGGUUAAAGAGUGCACUUUCAUCGGACAUUUUCGUUAUAAAACACUCACGCCAAAGUCUGAGAUGUUUUACUGCUGUUUGUAGCAUGUUAGCUGUGUGGCUAGUGAUAUUGGGCUCGAGAGCAAAGAUAUUCGUUAAACAGUAACUCGAGAAACUGUGCAAAAAGAUUGCAUUUAACAUGUACGUCAUUUCUGUUUGUUUUGAUGCUUGGUAGGUUUAUACAUGCUGAUAUUUAAUAGUUCAGCUUUGCGUUUGUCAUGUUAGCGAGGUGGCUGUGUAACUACACGGUUUGUUUAAAGUUCUUAUAAUAUUGGCAGCUCAGUAACAUUUCUUUGUAAGUGUUAUUGUGUGGUUUGCUGUUUAUUUGUUUAUCUUUACUGUCUUUAUUCGGGCAGAAUAUAAUGUCACAACUGUUUUAAGCAAGCUAUCGCACCCAUGCUAAAAUUACCUGAAGUUAAUGGGAAAACUAGACUGCUUUAAAGCUAAAUUCACUGAGACUUUUGCUCUCUCUCUGUUAUGUAAUAUGACUAUUGCUUACUGAGGAUGGUCAAUGAUUUUCUUUCUUUAACUGUAGAGAUUAGCUACUACCAUUCAUAUUGAGAUGAGAUUAUAUGAUAUUGUUGAGAUGGCUAUAGCCCUAGUGUAUAGGGAAAUAAUCAGUCAUUAGUUUAAAAAUAAGGUAGGUUCAUAUUUGCAUAUCGGUUAUAGAUUAAUUGGGAAAGGUUUACAAAUUUGUUAAGAAAAACUAGCAAAAAGUGAUUUUAUGAAAUUAUAUUCUCAGGACUCUGAAGCUGCAUGUUGUUAUUAUUAAGAAUGACAGAAGCAUAUUAAUCCAGUGGUGGCAAGAUCUUCGGCAGUUGUUCAAUGAUAGUAUGCAUAUCUGUAGAUAUCUUUAAAGUUAGUUUAGAUAAGGCCCUUAAGUGAAACCAGUUUGCUACAAAAUAAUUUAUAUUUUCUAAACAAAUAAAUAAACUUAAUAGGUUACCUGUUCUAAAUCUUGAUCAGUUCAUUAAUACAAAUGCCUCAUGCUCCAGAAUCAUUGGCACACCACAGAUUGAAAGGUUGACCAUGUUCAAAAUACUUCAAUCUGAAGUAUGUCAUCAGAACAGUUUGUUUAUUUAUGGAAUUGUGUUUAUUUAAAGUGCUGGAAAAUUUUAAAGAAACCAAACCAAGCAGUUUUGGUGAUCCCUCUGGUAUGAAUGUUUUCAUGUAGCCCUUGGGUCGGUGUUGUGCCAAAAAUUCUUGAUGAACUGCACUGUAAACAGGGGUCUUCUCGAGGAACAUGUGAAUUAUCAGUUGAUACUGAAAGAACACAGAUCAGAUCAUUUUCUGGAUUGUCCCACUCGCUGCUAGUUUUUGGGCAGCCUUUUCAUUUACAAGUCAAACAAAGUCCACCCUGGGUUUUCCAAUGGAAGUACCAAUCUAGAGACUUUGGACAGGGAACUGUAAGAACUCAAAGCACCACACGUCUAGGUUAUCUCAUUGAGAAAUGAUAAAAUGGGCUCUCAAGCUCUUCAGAUAUUACGGCAGGGAGUGUGGGCCUCUCUGACUGGAGGAUGGUAUGUGGACCCUCAUCAGAGUACCUUCUCCAACUGCUUCCACCUCUACCUCUGGAUAUUCCUCUUGGCCUUCCCCUUUCUUCUGUACAUGGCCCUUCCUCCCAGUUUAGUCGUUGCUGGUGUGUACUGCGCAGUGAUAGCAGCCUUCUUCACUGCCAUAAAAGCAGUCAACUUUCGGCUACACACCAUGUUUGACUUGGGUGAGAUUGUGGAGAAGCGGCAGGCCUCAUUCACCACAGACCCCAAGAGAAUGGAAGAAGGGGAGGAAGGCUCAGGGGCUCACGAUGGAAGCCAACACAGGGACAGUGGUGUUGGUGUGGAAAUGACCGUGUUCCGAAAGGUGAACUCCACCCCUCCUGUACGCUGCAGUUCCCAGCAUUCUCUGUUUGGUUUUAACCAGGUUUCGGAAUUUUUACCACAGCUUGAAGACCCUGGAGGCUCAAAGGGUGUGACGCAAUCCUGCAUAGCUAGGGAUUACAGAGGUCUAAUUGGAGUGGGUGAUGUAAUGUCAGCAGGUUUUGGUAGCCUGCACCCAACAAACUGUCCCUCCAUCCCCCCAUCCCCCUCCAGCCAAGAAGAUGGAGAUGAGAAAGAGCAGGUGGAGAACAGAGGUAUGGAGCAUCAGAGAUCUGAGGGGGAGGGGCUCAGGGGCUACUCCCCCCUCCGACCAUCGGCUGAGUCGGAGAGCCUCGGAGAUGCUCCGCUAAGCCCUCUUAUUAAGAGUAGCUUGAGCGAGGAGCUGAGCGAGAACUUGCUGGGUUUGGGCCUAGACCCUGUCACUUUUGCCCCCGGUGCCGGACACCCAGGCAGCCGCACGGGGGUGGCCCUGGCUGCAGGCUCCACUGACAGCUGCUUUAGUGGAGGAGGAGCUGCCACAGACAGAGAGACUCUCAGUACAGUCAGUAGCUACCGCAGCGAGAAAACUGACUCGACCCAGCUUGAGAGCCCCUCAGUGGGUAAGACACAUCAGCCUUUGUCUAAUGCUCCCUCCACAGCUUUGCCUCAAUGUAAAGGGCACUUUCAGCAGCCAGGAGAUGUUCUGCAGGGGAGCAGUGACACGGAUGACCUAUCAGACAGCGUGCUGCUGCGCUCACCCACCAAAGAGCUCUCCUCUGCCCAGGGCCUGGACAGAACUCUGGUGGAGGGAGAGGACCUCCCCCCUUUGCAUACAGACAUUGCACAGCCCUCCUUGCAGGACUCGUCACCAUCUAGCAGUGGGCCAUCUGAUCCAUGUGAUCUUGAUGGAAGUAUCCCGGUACCCCCUCUCCCUCCACCACGACAGGCUAGCUCUGUACCCUCGGGCUUGGCACUUGGCUUGGUAUGCUCAGAGCCUGCUCUGCCUGUUUCUGCCCCAUCAUACCUCCUAGCAGAACCACCAUCACUCCAAGCCCAGCAGCAGGUAGUGCGACCUAAAGAUCUGAAGCUGUUACGUUCUGGAGGCAGUGUGGGUCAUCGCCCCGGCCGCAGGAAAGCUCCGCGCAAACGAGGCACAGCUGGCAGUAGCAGUUUUGACUGUGGCUCCUACCGCCGGCACCACAUCCGUGGCCAACACAGAGACUACAUCCCUGUACGCAGUCGGCUGGGUGCCAAAGCCUACAGUGAGAGCUUGUUUGAGGACUCUACUGAUGAAGAUGAUGGCAGUGACAUGAGUGCCGGCUCUAGUCUGGGCUCCCAACGUCGCUUUAGCUCAGACGAUGAAGACGAUGAUGAAGAUGAUGAUUCAAGCUCCUCUACCUCCUGUUAUUCCCCCGAUCUGGCUAAUGCUUCAGAAACUGGCCCAGUCCCUCAGCUACCUAGCCCUGGAGAGGAUCCUGAUACUGUAGGCUCCACCCAUACUCGUAGUGCUCAGCGCUCAGCCAGCACGGCCAGUGCCAAGACUCAUGCCAGAGUGCUCAGCAUGGAUGGAGCUGGAGGGAAUUCCAACAACACCGGUACCCUUGCCUCUACUUUGCUGCCUUUGCCCCCUUCCUCCACUCCUGCCCCACGUCCUCUUACCAUCUCUAAGUCAGACCUGGAGGCUCGGACAAUGCAUUCAGUGGGCUUCUCCAGGGCCCACCAUAGACUAGACUCCCUUGGAGGCUCCUGGGCUGGGAACCAGACAGGCUGGAGAGCAGGAGAGCUGCUGGAAGAGGGGGCAGUUGGAGGAGCUCUGGCCCCAGAGGAGGGUAGUAAACGGGACUCUGUGAGCAGUGUAAAGAGAGCACAGGCCAUUCGCAGGCGACAUAAUGCAGGCAGUAACCCCACCCCACCCCCUUCUGCCAUGGGCUCUCCGCCUAGUCUUCAGGACCUCCAGAGAGUCCGCACUUCCUCUCACUCUCGUACACGAACGCUCCCCUCUGCUCUGCACUUUGCCGCCUCCUCCCUGCUGCUUCUCCCACCCCGCAGUGGUGUUCAUGAAGCAUCCACCUUUGAUGACACUUCAGAGGGAGCUGUGCACUACUUUUACGAUGAGAGUGGCGUAAAGAGGUCUUACACUUUUGGACCUGCUGGAGGAGGAUAUGAGGACCCUGUGCAGGAGCGUGAACGGCAGUCACAAUCCUCCAGCUUUACCUCCACUGACGUUCAGGAGGUGGCACCAGUUCUGUCCAUGAUGCAACCCAGACCGGUGGUCCUCCAGGGUAUGCAGGUCCGCAGGUUACCCCUAGAUAUGCCAGAGUUUGACCUAGAUCACGAGUCCCCUCAUGAAUCCCAGGAGAACACGCUGAUGAUUGAAGAGAAGGCCAAGCCCAAACAGUAUUACAGAUUCUGGGUGUUGCCAGGAAAGUGGCUUCGAGUUCGUUACGACAGACUGGCAUUGUUGGCCUUACUAGACAGGAAUCGUCGUGUGGGGGAGAACGUGUUUGCAGUGGUGCUGGCCAGCUUAGUGGCUUUCCUCGGCUUCCUGCUACUUCUCCAGGGCUUCUUUAGAGACAUCUGGGUCUUCCAGUUCUGCCUGGUCAUUGCCAGCUGUCAGUACUCUUUGCUGAAGAGUGUCCAACCCGAUGCAGCAUCUCCAAUGCAUGGCCAUAACUGGAUCAUUGUGUACAGUCGACCGGUGUAUUUCUGCCUGUGUUGUGUGCUAAUCUGGGUGUUUGACCUGGUCGGCCACUCAGACAGUGUGCCACCUUUUACCCUCUAUGGUGUCACUUUCUUUUCUGCCCACUUCCUUCUCUAUGCUAGAGACAUGCUCAUAGUCUUUAGCCUCUGUUUUCCGAUCAUCUUCCUGUUCGGGCUUCUACCUCAGGUCAACACCUUCCUCAUGUGCUUGCUGGAACAGGUGGACAUGCACAUUUUUGGUGGAACUGCCACCACAAGCCCCCUGUCAUCAGUCUACAGCUUGUUGCGGAGUUUGUUGGUGGCAGCUCUGGUUUAUGGAUUUUGCCUUGGUGCCAUCAAUGGUCCGUGGGGAGAGGCACAUGUCCCAGUGCUCUUCUCUGUGUUCUGCGGCCUCCUCCUUGCCUUGUCCUAUCACCUGAGCAGGCAAAGCAGUGACCCUACCAUUCUCUGGUCUUUGGUCUGCUCCAAGUUCUUUCCAGAGCUGGAGAGCCGAUCACCAGAGGAGCCCCCACUAGAGAUUAAAGACCCUCUCCCUGAGAAACUGAGCAACUCUGUGAAAGAAUCUCUUCACUCAGACUUGGUUAUGUGCCCUCUUAUGGCUAUUAUCACCUUUGCUAUCAGUGCCAGCACAGUCUUCAUUGCUCUGCAGCCUGCUCUUAGUUUCGUCCUGUACGUCUUGGCUGGUGUGGUAGGGUUCUUUACGCACUACCUCCUACCUCAACUACGCAAACAGCUGCCCUGGUUCUGCUUGGCCCACCCUGUGCUACGCUCCAGAGAGUACAGUCAGUUUGAGGUCCGGGAUGCUGCUCAACUGAUGUGGUUUGAGAAGUUGUACGCUUGGCUGCAGUGUGUGGAGAAAUAUUUCAUCUACCCGGCUGUAGUGCUCAACUCCCUCACCACUGAAGCCCAUACUGUCAGCCAAACCCAUGAUAAACCUGGAGCCUAUGGCCGUGCUCUGUUCAUCUCAGUGGCUGGAAUGAAGCUUCUCCGUUCAUCCUUCUGUGUUCCGUCUCAGCAGUAUGUCACUCUGUGCUUCACCGCCCUCUUCUUCCAGUUUGACUACCCACGCUUUUCUCAGACAUUCCUCCUGGACUACUACUGCAUGUCCAUCCUCUUCAGCAAGCUGUGGGAUCUGCUUUAUAAGCUGCGUUUUGUGCUGACCUACAUUGCACCUUGGCAGAUCACAUGGGGUUCUGCUUUUCACGCCUUUGCUCAACCAUUCGCAGUACCCCACUCAGCCAUGCUGUUUGUGCAAGCUGUGUUCUCAGCUAUCUUUUCCACUCCUCUCAACCCUGUGCUGGGCAGCGCAGUCUUCGUCACCUCAUACACCCGGCCUGUGAAAUUCUGGGAAAGAGACUACAACACCAAACGAGUGGAUCACUCUAACACACGCCUUGCAACACAGCUUGACCGCAACCCUGGUGCUGAUGACAACAACUUGAACUCUAUCUUCUAUGAGCAUUUAACACGCUCUCUACAGCACUCGCUUUGUGGGGACCUGCUGCUGGGCCGCUGGGGAAUCUACAGUACAGGGGACUGCUUCAUCCUGGCCUCAGACUACCUCAACGCUCUUGUACACAUCAUUGAGAUCGGCAAUGGCCUCGUCACUUUCCAGCUCAGAGGCCUUGAGUUCAGGGGGACAUAUUGUCAGCAGAGGGAGGUGGAGGCAAUCACUGAAGGGGUGGAGGAAGAUGAAGGGUGCUGCUGUUGUGAACCGGGUCAUCUCCCCCACAUGCUUUCCUUCAACGCAGCAUUUGGCCAACGCUGGCUGGCAUGGGAGGUGGCUGCCACCAAAUAUGUGCUGGAGGGCUACAGCAUCAGUGACAACAACGCUGCUUCCAUGCUUCAAGUGUUUGACCUUCGUAAGAUUCUCAUCACGUAUUAUGUCAAGAGUAUCAUCUAUUAUGUAAGCCGGUCACCCAAAUUGGAGGAGUGGCUGGCCAAUGAGUCAGUGCAGGAAGCAUUGCGGCCCUGCCUUAGUCCUUCCUAUGUGGACAGCGACCCCACCUUCAGCCUGAACAUAGAUGAAGACUAUGACCACCGAGCAUCAGGCAUCACUCCCUCCUCCUUCUGCCUGGUUUACCUGGAAUGGAUCAAAUACUGCAACAGCCGCAGACAAACGCCGGUCGUGAGUGAAAAAGACUCCCCUCUGGUCACACUCUGUUUUGGGCUGUGUAUUCUGGGCCGUCGAGCUCUUGGUACUGCCUCCCAUAGCAUGUCAGCCAGCUUGGAACCGUUUCUCUAUGGCCUUCACGCUCUGUUCAAGGGUGACUUUCGCGUCACCUCUCCCAGAGACGAGUGGGUUUUUGCAGACAUGGAUCUGCUGAACAGGGUGGUAGCUCCAGGUGUUCGGAUGUCCCUCAAACUGCACCAGGAUCACUUCACCUCUCCUGAUGAGUAUGAGGAUCCAGUGGUUCUGUAUGAUGCCAUCACGGCUAAUGAGGAGAAGAUGCUGAUCUCUCAUGAGGGUGACCCUGUGUGGCGCAGUGCCAUCCUGGCCAACAUGCCUUCUCUGCUGGCUCUCCGCCACAUCAUGGAUGAUGGCAGUGAUGAGUACAAGAUCAUCAUGUUGAACAAACGCUUCCUAAGCUUCAGAGUCAUCAAGGUGAACCGAGAGUGUGUGCGUGGGCUAUGGGCUGGGCAGCAGCAGGAGCUGGUCUUCCUCCGAAACCGGAACCCUGAGCGUGGCAGCAUCCAGAAUGCCAAGCAAGCCUUGAGGAACAUGAUUAACUCGUCUUGCGACCAGCCCAUCGGGUACCCCAUCUACGUGUCCCCCCUCACCACCUCUUACGCCGGGGCCCAUGCCCAGCUGCGCUCAGUCUGCGGAGGUCCCAUCAGCCCCCGCAACAUUUAUAUUUGGUUCAUCAGCAGCUGGGACAGGCUUCAGAAGGGUUGUGGUGCCGGCUGUAAUAGUGGGGGUAAUAUUGAGGAUUCAGACUGUGGGGGCGGCUCUACCUCCAUCACUAACAACCCUGCAGUUCAUCUUCCCCAGAGCACAGUGCCCAGCAUCCCUCUGCCUCAUCCCACAACUGUACAGCCCUCAAUGGGGACUGACAACCCCGUUGGACCAUCUUGGCCUUUGCAUCCCCAGCCUCUUCCACUUGCCCUGCUUAGCCAAUCAGAGGGCAGGAUGGAUGCAGGGCUUGUUAGCUCCUUGCAGCGUACCACUUCCAUCCAUGGGCUUUUGGGAGGGCCACUAUCUAGCUCCCAGCUGUCUUUCAGUGGCUCAGUGGCCCUACCACCUGCAGACCGCUUUUGCCCCAGUAGCCUGCAGGACAGCUGUGGCCACAGGGUGUCUCAGAGGGGCCUGAGCUUAGGUCAUGGCAGCGGGCUGCCCUAUGAAGCCCUGUACACUAAAUGGAGUAUAUCAGGAAGGAAGGGAUUCAACGGACCUGCUGCAAUGGAUGGGGACAGUUCAGCAUCACAGAACAUGCGCACAAAGCCUACACUGCCUGUCCUCCCCUCUGAUGUCAGCCCAACCCUGGAUCCAAUAGGAGCUGGUUUACACUCAGAGACUACUCCCCUUACAUCAGACUCUCCCAGUGCACGGGAUAUGUCUACAGAACUGCCUUUACUUGAGCACCUACGCUGAGCCUGCACAGAGACUAACCUGCAUAGCAAGACUAGUACAGCUGGGAUCAGCCCAUGGUCAUCCUAGCCAACCUCUCUUUGACCAGAUGGAGAGAGCUGGAAGGAAUUCCCCAGUACAGAGUCUAGCUGACCUUCUCAAUGUCUUUUAGGAUGAAAGCAUCUUCAGUUCUGGAUAUUUUUGGAUGUUUCUUGCAAAUCUUCUGAUAUGGAAGCACACCAGAAAAGAGUGCCGCGUAUGUUCCUUUUGCAUUUGUGCCCCGGUAAGGUAUACCAAGUAAUAAACUUUUGUCUCCUUGGACAGAGCUUUUCCAAAGCUUCUUUGGCUGCUGUUUUGGCCUCCAGGCUUCUAAGCCAAAAAUAGUGGCCAGUAAGUGCAAUCUGAAUGGAUUUCCUUUAUUUUUCUUCUUGAAAUUGAGGGUCAGGUCAUUCAAAUCAGUGCAAAUCCGUGACCUGUACACCCACCAGCAGUAACAAAAGAGAACUCUCCUCUGUAGCAGCCUUAAAUGUACCCAAGCUUCUGUCUUUCCCCUCAUGCAUCCAGUCCAUAUAUGUUGCUAAAGCCUUAAGAUGACCAAAAGUUGGGCAUCGGCUGACUUGUGCAAAGGAUUUCUCUUAAUUUAAGCCAAGAGUUGAGGCUUAUCACCACAUCUCAGCCACUGUCCUUUCAAGACCAAAGGACUUGACUCCCCCUCACUGAGCCUGCAGUUCAUAGCUCACAAAUUCCACAAAGACAUUCGAUUAGAGUUCAGCUUCAACAGUCCAUCAGAUAGCUUGUCAGUGUUGGGGUAAAGUGUAGAAGAAUUCAUCAGCACAGAAGUGGUCAUCAAAUGCUGGUUGGCCACCAAAUUGUCUUUUAAUAAUUUUUUACAGAAAUUAUCUUUUCUUUGGCCUGGAUGAGGGUAUUUAUUUAUUUCUUUAUCUCAUAAUUCAUCACCCAAAAUGACAACUUUCUAUUCUGUUCCCAGCUACUCCCAAGCAAAUGAGCUCUGAACAUGGUAUAGUGUGGAAGCGCACAUGAGGGCUUCCUGGCCUCCUGCUUUCCUGCUGCUGUGAGCACCUGCAAUGUGUCCCCCUCUACUGCAAUACUACUGCUACUGCAGCACCCCCUCUACUACUAAUAGAACUAACCAAAUUACUGCUCCUUUUGACUUCUAAACUCCAGCUCUUCUAGUUGGAAGAGUUUGAGGGGGGAAAACAAUAAUAUACUGAUUAUAAAGACAGAGAUAACAUAUUUAUUUGAUUCCUGGUCUCAAAUGGAGAUAGAGUGGCUGGGUUUGUUGAUUGUCAUGUGCUGACACUAGUUGGACGUGUACUGAGAUGAUGCUCUGAUUUCAAAUGUACCCUCUGCCCAACCCCCUUUUUCUUGAAACCACCUGAUGUAAUGAGUUUAUUCGGUGUCUAUUUUCCUCUUAUUUUGCAUGUAAUACAAAAGUUAGACGUCAUGGGCGAACAAAUCUCUGAUGUGUACUGCCGCUAAAACAAACAUAUCAAAUCCUUCAGUCAAACAAUGUACGACUGGUAUCAUGCCUGGAAUAGCUACACUGUAUCUAUUUAAAAGAGCUUGACAUAUCCCAUGAGCUGUUUUAAAGGUUUUCAGAUUCAGAGGUGGUAUGUAAAUCAGGGAUGGUUCUUCCAAAAAUGAAAGUUUCUGUAAUUUACUCAACCUCAUGUCAUUCCUAACCUUUUAGACUUUUUGAAACCCAAAAAGAGAGGGUUCAGUCACCAUUUACUUCCAUUACAUGGCAGAAAAAGGUGCAAAGAAAGAAAGUGAAUUGUGACUGAAGAUGACAUUUUGCCUAAUGUCAGUGUUGUUCCACAGAAGAUAGUCAUACAGGUUUGGAACAACAUGAAUGUCCAUAAAUUAUGACAAUUUUGGGUAAACUGUCCCUGUAGAACUCUUUUGUGAUGGCCAAGCUGUACUCUUAACUGGCUUUUGGCUUGUACAUUGGUAUGGUUUGAGAGUCAGUAAAUGGGGGGCCUCCAUGGGAAAAUGGUGCCUUAGAAUUUGUCAGUGUUCAGGUAGAAAAGGAUUAAAGAACUUAAUCAUGAGCUGUUUGUGGUUGAAUUAACACUGGUGCCAGUAGGUUCUCGUCUGCAAUUUGGGUUUCUGAUUGCAAUCGUCAUAAUGAUUGUUUCAUGUAAAAAAAAAACAAAUCCUGAUCAGCCCAAUUACACUAAUUUUCUAAUGCUGAAUCUGAUUAAAAUAGAUGUAAUCCUGCCUGAUACACAUGAAGAGACAUAUUUGUGAUUUAGUCUGAUGAGUGUGUACUGUUGGCACUCCUUCCCGCUCCCACUCAAAUAAUCAUGUUCAUUUAUUCAUGCUCUCAUGUAAACCAUUGAUUUUGAAUACAUUUAUAACACUGCAAAUAUAGAGUUGGCCUUUCAGCCUCACACACAGACUAAUAUUACAAGUUGUUUGAACACUAGACAAGAGGUCUGCUUAACCUAGUCUUUUCUCCAAUCUCUGCACUCUUUCUAGGCUAUUUCAGAUUUUAACUGUCCACUUCUCUCCAGCCACACACACAUGGGACCUUUUCCAUUAGACUUUGAACUGCUAGGGAGUGCUUGGCUUGAGUGAGGACUGGGCAGAGGCUGACUGACAAUCUGUUUUUUUUUCAUCAGGACCAUUUCUUUGGGCGUCAUUUCUUAUAUUUAGGGGUAUUUUUCCAAAGCUACAGGGUGUACUUUUCUUACUGGGAGAAAGCACAAGUUACUGGAUCAUCUUGGGUGUUGGUGAUUUAAAGGGAUCUAACCAAUCUCUGCCAUAUAUGUACAUCAUUAUUUGUGUGUGUGUAUAUUUUUUCAAUGGAAGACACUACUUUGGGUCUUAGGGGAGACAUGCUUCAGUGUAUCUGCUUGCGGAGAGGUCUGGCACUCAACAUAGAAUCAUGAAGUUUGGGGAAUAAAUCAGUUAAUACUGCUUUUGCACAACUAUUGUAAAAUAGUACACAUCCUUUUUUUUAUUAUUUUUAUUUUUAAAUCUUAUAUUUAAAAACCUAUUCAAAGUUAUGUACAGUUUUUUUAUGACUUUUUUUUUCUUCUAUUUAAAUUAAAGCUUUUUUGUGUCAUU